AUGAAAUUGAAACUCCGAACUCAAAGCACAGAGACAUUGCGAAUAUGCUUCUCGCAAAUAAGCAAUCUACGAAAAUUUGUCGUGUUGCGCUUCAGCCCUGAGCAACUUCUUGCUAUUCUGAUCAAAGACACGUCCUUGAAUCAAGAGCCUCAAGUAUGGUGUAAGUUUCGAAUGCUGGCGAUCUUCAAUGAAAUAGAGGUACAGAGUCUUCGAAACGACGUUGUAUUGCUCGAGAUCAACAUUGACUUAUUUCUCCAGACCCUAAAGCAUUUUGAAAAGGCUAAUAGUCAAGACUUGAGCAUCAGAUUGCAACGGAAAGACGCUUCGGUAGAUGGAGCCAACACUGGAGGUAGCAGGGCGGCAUCCUUGGCUUUAUACUACUCAGAAGUCACGGCAUCAGCAAAUACUGUCAACCACACUUUCAGAAUCCCCGUAAAGAUCUUAAAGGGUUCAACUGAAAUUCUCCACGAGCCUGAAUUGCCUAAAGUUGAUCUCAUGAUGCGACUUCCUAACGAAUUCUCUUCGACUUACAAACGUUUAGAUAAAUUCAAGAAGAACCUAGCUGGUGAUUUAGUCACGAUAAAAGCUAGUGGAAAACGAGGUGGGUAUUUGGGAUUUGUUUUACAUGAGGAAGGCAAAUAUCGAGUUACUAUACGAUGGAAUGACAAAUUGGUGGUGCAUAAGCCCAAAGUUUCCAGCUUGGACACAGACAGUUUACGAGCACAAGCUUUGGCUGAAAGGGAAGAGCCUGUAGAUGAAGACGACGAAUUGGAAGACACAGAGAUUGUUGUGAAGCUCAAAGACUGGAAGAUGGCGUCGAAAAUCGUUAGCACGUGUAAGACGAUCAUCUUUCUCAUAUGUCACAAGGAAGCAUGCGUGCUACACUGCUUGCUCGACGAUACUGAUGAUGUCGAGGUGUUAUACUUUAUAAGUGGAGUCAAGAUCCGUGACAUGGAGGACUAA